CCACCGAGUGUCUCCUGCCCUGGUGGAGUCAUAUGACCUUUGGGACACCGCAGACAUGUGAUGCUGCUGGGAGAUACUAUCUGAGGGGUAACAAUUUCGAGCAUACUCGAGGGGCAAUUGAGCAGGUUAAAAAGAAUUUUCUGAUUCUGGCUCAGAAGGUCACUUUGGUCUUUAUGACACCUGGUCAUUGCACGGAAAACCAUAUUUACGGAACUACCACUUCUGAACGAACCAGGUUUGAUCCUAAGAGCCGCAUUCCCGCCCGGGAUUGGCCUCCAGCCAGGGCUUCCAACCUACCAAACUUCCCGGGUCGCCCGCUGCUGCCUGUGAUAGGAGUAAAUUACCAGUACUUCUGGUGGAUGAAGAACAAAUUCCCCACAGCGAAGCUGGUUUACAAAAUCCGAUUUUGGUUCAUGCUAGCCACCAUUCUCGUUCACGAGGUCGCACACUGCUACUGGAAGGUGCUGAGACCACGCUUCACCAACAUGCGCUUCCGCGAGCCCUUCCAUCAAAAAGGCGACGCUUCAGCCGAACUCGGAACGUGCUGGCAAGUGUGGGUGUUCGAUUAUAUCAUCGUUCCAAUGACGGGCGCGGCGGGUAAGUUCAUGAUCGAGCCGGCCGCGCCCAUGAGGACUGAGUGGUCAGAAGAAUUCCCCGAUGGCCAAGAGACCAAAGACUGGCAGGGCAAGAUUGAAUCUUGCCCUGGAGUCACAUUUAACGCCGCCAAGAAUAACGGAGGCCGGGUUUGGCAGGGCGUGGACUCCUCGAAGCCGAACAACGUCCGCAUCAUCACCCGAGCGGUGCCGAUGGUCUGGAUUGCCCAGUGGUUCCAGCGGUCGACAUGGCAGAAGUGGGACAGGCUGAAGGUUGGCGAUUGGAGUCCACCACUCCUUGGGCCUAGUAUAGUGGUGAAUAUGGAGUGUGUGAAAGGGGUGAUGAAAUGCUAUAUUGGGUUAAUGGAUGAGAACGCGAAGCCGGAGGCGGAGGCGAGGCACCAUGAUUGAGAACGCCGCGGGGACUACCCGGCGACUAAGAAAGAUGACGGCUAUCACGAGAAUGGCGGGUAUGAUUGAUAGGACGACCUGCGACGGCUACUAGCCAUACUCAAAUCGAUGUUGGUUAUCAGAGGGAUGCUGAUCAGCGGACCCUUAGAAGAAUUCUACAUAAAAAU